AUGACCACUAUCGAAAAUAUAGAGCGAGUGCUACGUCAGUUGGAAGCCAUAGGAGAGAAUUUGGAGCAUUCAAGUAUCGAAACCACGAUAGAAAGUAAGUUACCAUCAUGGGUUUUGAAUAAGAUAUGUACUCAAAAGAAAGUAGAGGUGCCUUGGUCAAUUUCAAAACUUAGAGAUUUUUUGUCGGACAUAGUCCAUGUAACCGAACAGGUCAAGAAUAGUCAGAAUCCUUCCACAUUUAUGGACACUAAACUUACAAUCGACAAGUUAGGACAAAAACCAAGAUAUAAUCCUGGAGGAACAUCAGCAUUGUCGAUGGUACGUAGCAAUUCAAAACUCUUAUCAUUCGCAGUUCGAAACAAUCAACAUUUAACGCAACUCAGCCUGACCCAAUUCAGCUCAACCUCUUGCAACCCAGAUCAACUCAACGCAACUCAGCCUGACUCAACUUAA